AUGCCAGAGCCACAUUCCGCCUCCGCCACUCCUUCCGCAGGCAACACUGAAGACGAAAAUGCUGAAGCUUCGGAUAACCCCCGACGCGAGAACCGGCGCGUGAGCAUCACCUACGGGAGCACCAAUUUGAGAAUGGCCGAUGACUCCGCUCUUGUUAGAGAUGAGAAGUGGUCCUGCUUGGCCGUUAUCUUCAGCUUUUGGUUCUUCGUUGCGGUGACGAUGAUAAUGGGGGUGUACGGCUCAAUGACCAUGGUUCUAGGUCCGUGUUCUUCGAUUGUUUUGCAACCUAACCCUGUGUUUGUGGAAUAUGUGAAGGUAGAAAACUUAGAGCCGAAUCCAGGGCUCGUUCUUUAUGGUACUUAUCAAUAUCCACCUCUUGAUGUUGUUUCCUUUUGGAGGGAAACUCGUAAUAUAUCUAUUCCUUAUGGCGCAGAUAAGGAAUGGAAAUAUUAUUUGAAUAAAGGGUCUGAAGUAAAUAUUUCGUAUAGCUUGAGCUCUGAAAAUUCCUCUAUUUAUCUUGUAAUUGCAGAAGGAGCUGAAAGUCUCUCAUUGUGGCUGGAGGACCCAACAUAUCCCAAUACAACUCUGUCUUGGAACGUGAUCCAUGGAACUGGUAUGAUUACACAAGAAAUAUUCACGUCAUCGUACUAUUAUGUGGCCUUGGGUAAUUUAGAAGAUGAAGUGGAGGUUGAAUUAAACCUCACUGUAAGGGCCUUUAUGCAUAAUACAACAAGUGCUUUCUACAAAUGCGCCCCGACUAGUAGCCCGUGCAGUUUAAAUAUUUUCUUUCCAGAUGGAAACGCAGCUGUCUUAGUCUCUCCUGCUCCACAGCAGAACACAUCUAAUGAUGAGUGGUAUGUCAAACUGACCUAUGGACCAAGAUGGCUUACAUAUAUUUUUGGCAUAGGUGUACUCACUGUAAUCAUGUUUUGGGCCUUCAACUUCUUGAACAAACUUCAGCGUGCCAAUGAUGAUAGAGUAGGAUCCAGAUCUGAAGGAGCAGGACCUGAUCGAGCCCCUUUGCUUUCUCGCAAAGAUGAUGAUCUUUCAAGUUGGGGUUCAUCAUAUGAUUCCAUACCGCAGGAUGAUGAGGAUCUUAACUUCCUCACCGGUGGUUCCGCUGAUGGUGAGACCAGUAAUAAUACUCGGCGUCUUUGUGCAAUUUGUUUUGAUGCUCCACGGGAUUGCUUCUUCCUUCCAUGCGGGCACUGUGUGGCUUGUUUUGCAUGUGGAACUAGGAUAGCUGAGGCAGCUGGUACAUGUCCUGUUUGUCGUAGGAACAUGAAGAAGGUGAGGAAAAUUUUUACUGUGUGA